AUGAGUCGAAACAAGUCUUAUUGGUUUGGUGUUACCAUCUAUUUCUUAGUUUCUUGUCACCCUUUUAUAAACACCUUUGCUUCUCCCACACAGUCCUUGUGCCGCAACGACCAAAGGGAUGCUCUUUUAGAGCUAAAAGAAGAGUUAUCAAUCCAUUCCAGAAACAGCGCUCCUGUACCAACAAUUUCAUGGAACAAGCGCGUCGACUGCUGUUCUUGGAAGGGUGUGAAGUGUAAUGCUAUCUCCGGAGAGGUGAUAUCACUAAAACUUGGUGACCCCUCUACAACCAACAGCUCUUUGAAAUCUAGCAGUGGUCUUUUUAAACUCCAAAAUCUUCUUCACCUAGAUCUUUCAUCUUUAGGUCUCCAAGGGGAGAUUCCUUCUUCCAUUGGAAAUCUUUCUCAUCUCACAUAUCUUGAUCUUUCUUUCAAUCAAUUAGUUGGUGAAGUUCCGGCUUCAAUCGGUAACCUAAACCAACUAGGAUACAUGGAUCUUUCGUGUAAUGAUCUUAGAGGUAAUAUUCCUACUUCAUUUGCCAACUUAUCCAAGCUUUCUCAAUUGGAAAUCUUUGAAAAUCAAUUCACUGGUGGUUUAGUAGUAUUAGCCAAUUUAACCAACUUGUCCGAAAUAGACCUCAACUCAAAUCACGUCAAAUCCUCGUUUCCCUCAUUCUUGCUCAUGAUUUCUUCGUUAGUCGAGAUUCAUUUAGAUGAAAACCAAUUCGAGGGAACUCUUGAUUUUGGGAAUACCUCUUCAUCAUCUAAGCUUGGAGUGUUAACUGUUGGCGACAACAAUUUUGAUGGGCUAGUUCCAGAAUCUAUAGGGAAAUUACACAAUCUCAAUUCUUUAGAUCUAAGCCAGAACAAUUUCAGAGGGAGAGUCCCUAGAUCUAUAUGGAAACUACGACAUCUCAAUUCUUUAGAUCUUAGCCAUAACAAUUUCAUAGGGAGAGUUCCUAGAUCAAUAUCUAAAUUAGUCAACCUCAAUUCCAUUGAUCUUUCCUAUAACAAGUUUGAAGGUCAAAUACCUCAUCAUUUCUGGAGACCGUCUCAGGUGGGUUCGGGGCAUGUAAUGCUUUCUCAUAAUUCUUUCACCGGUUUCGGUAAACCAGUGGAAAUUAUCGAUGGAACAACGUUAGAACAGUUGGAUCUUGGGUCAAAUUCACUCCAAGGAACAUUUCCCCAGUGGAUGUGCAAGUUCGGAUCUUUAGUUAACUUGGAUUUGUCCAACAACCAUUUCUCUGGUUCCAUUCCACAAUGUUUGAAGAAUUUAACUCAUCUUGGAAUGUUAAAUCUCAGAAACAACAGUUUAAGUGGAUUUCUACCAGAUUUUGAUGGCUUUGAGUUAGAGUCACUCGAUGUCAGCCACAACAAUUUAAAGGGAAAACUUCCAAAAUCUUUGAUCAACUGUUGGUUUCUGGAAUUUCUGAAUGUGAAAGGAAACAAGAUCAAUGACACGUUUCCAUUUUGGUUGGGAUCUGUGCAAUACUUAAAUGUUCUCAUGCUCGGAUCAAAUGCAUUCUAUGGUCCCGUCUAUAACCCUUCGACCUAUGUAGGGUUUCCAAAUCUGCAGAUCAUUGACAUAUCCAAUAACAACUUCGUUGGAUCAUUGCCACAAGACUAUUUUUCCAAUUGGAGAGUAAUGUCAUUGGUGUGGAAGGAAACCGUUCCAGAGCGUAACUAUAUGGGACUUCUUGCGUCUUAUUCGAUGGAUAUGGUGUACCAUGGAGCAGACACGGAUUUUGAUCGGAUCUUUAGAAACUUCAAAGCCAUCGACUUUUCUGGAAACCGAUUAUCCGGACAUAUCCCUACAUCCAUUGGUCUAUUGAGCGAAAUGCGCUUCUUCAACUUGUCAGACAACACAUUCACAGGCAACAUCCCACCAUCCUUGGCGAAUAUCACAAAGCUCGAGAUACUGGACCUAUCACGGAAUAACUUGUCAGGUGAAAUUCCUCAAGGUCUCGGGAAUCUCUCGUUUUUGUCAUACAUCAACUUCUCCCACAAUCAUCUUGAGGGAUUGGUGCCUAGGAGCACACAGUUUGGAACUCAAACUUGUUCUUCAUUCAUGGAUAACAACGGACUAUAUGGCCUCGAAGAAAUUUGUGGAAAACACCAUGUCCCUGUUCCUACAGCGCAGCAACAGCCCGAUGAAUCUUUGUUGGAACCAGAAGAGCCAGUGCUGAACUGGAUAGCAGCAGCGAUAGCGUUUGGACCUGGUGUGUUUUGUGGAUUAGUGAUUGGACACAUCUUCACUUCAUACAAGCACGAGUGGUUUUAUAGCUCGUGA